AUGUACGAAGCCAGUUGGAUUGCCGCCGCCAAGGCAAAACACACGGCUCGCAAGUCUCACAAUCAACAGACGCACACUGUCACUGUCCAAGCCCUUUCAACAUGGUUAUCAGCGCAUCUUCUGCGCACGCAUCGGCUUGAUCGGCCACCGUCGGAAGCCUUGCACCACCCUCCGACGGCCUCCACGUCUAAAGCGUCAAAUCCACCAACAGACCCUUUUCUGCCCUGCAAGUUGACGGCAAAAAUCGUCAAAACAGGUGCCUCGCUGCCCUCACCCACCGGUUUCACCCCACCUGCAAAUUCCUCUACCUCCUCCGACGCUUUAACGCCUAUCAGAACCCGCAUCCCCACACUUGAACCCUGUAUCGGCUCUGAGGGCCUAAUAUGCCCUUACUGCAACCGCACGUUCCCCCCCGCAUCGGCCUUGCCGGUCACCUGCGUAUCCAUCGCACAAGGACUGGUGGGCUGGUGCCGGGAGCACCAACACAAAGAUUAG